GCGUGCCGCCUCACGGGGGCGGCCUCUCGCACACAAGAUGGCGGCGCCCGCGUACCCGGCCUGGGUGGGCCGCUGGGUCAGCGGGCAGUGGCGGCAGAAGAAGCGGCCCCCGCUCGUCCGCCCCACCCGGCCGCUGGUGCUGGCCGACCAGGUGGCGAACCGCAGGGAGACGGCGGGCGAUGCAACUUGCAUUACAGAGAUGUCAAUAAUGAUGGCCUGCUGGAAGCAGAAUGACUUCAAUGAUACAGCUUGCGCCAAGGAGAUCCAGAUGUUCUAUGACUGCGUGGCAAGGGCAGAAAAGGAGCGCAGGGAGAAUGAGGAUGAGAAGACACUGUCACCCCAGAGAAACUUAACUUCAAGCAAAGUGAACAAACUCCUGAGGAGGUUUCCUAAUAUCACACGUUGUGCAUAAUGUGCUGUUUUAAAGGGACUGCAGACAAGCAAUUAAAGAUGGGGUCUUUGGAUAAUAAGUGAAAAAUACAGUUCUGUGAGUGUUUGAAAUCAAGUGAUAUGUCAGCACUGCUGUGUGGAUCUCGACAGCAUCUUUGUUUCCAGGGUGGAAGAACAGCCUUCUUGACCAUUGGCUGAGUUUGUUGGCAUGAAGUUCUUGGGUCUUGCAGUCUUAAGGAUUUCUGCAGUGAGUUGUCCAGCCAGCAACAGUGUGGAGUCAGGUACUCACUGUGAAAUUAUAUCUUCUAGGAAUGUGUGUAAACAUAUUUUUGAAGUUAAAGGGUGACCUCUCUUUGUAUGUAAGUUUUUUGCCUAACUUAGGAGCUGCUAUCAGUAAGUAUUCAGGCCCAGAGAUUUGGCCAACUUAAAAUGGAUAGUAACACCGUGACUCAUAUUCAUACUGGUAUUUAUACACAGUUUGGUUCCUCUUGAAAUUUUUUUAAUUCCUGCUGAUGUACAAGAAGGCUGCAGAACGAGAAAGAAAUCUUCAGCAAAAUACCUUGCUAAUACACAAUAUAUUGGUAAGGAUGAAAUACAGCUUUAAUAUAGACACUUGUGAUUUAGAUCCUCUGAUCUGCAGGUACAGUGUCAUGUGAGAUUGAUAAUGUUGUCUGUACUGUAAUAAAAUAAUACAAGACUGUU